AUGUCUUCAACGCUUAAAACAUAGAUUAGUCUCAAAAAGUUAGUUGCUCUAUACGGCAGUGAGCAAUACCCAUAGAAUGAGCAGUUAAAAUAUGAAAUAGAUGAAGCAAUAAAGAAGCGAGAAUAGGAAAGACAUUAGAAACUGAAAAGGAGAAAGCUAAGAGAGCAGGCCUAUCGACAGUCUUUUGGAACAAUAGAAAAUGAUUUAUAAGCAGGAGGUAUUGGUGCCAAUCAAAGUUUGCACAUCAUGGAAAACAGCUUGAAUACUUCCUAAUUUGAGGUAGACCGCGAAAUGCACAAUAAGACAACAAUUGAUAUCAGAAGAGUAGCUGAUAGCGAGGGAAGUAAUGAUGCUUUACUAAAUGAAUGGAGUCGCUCACUUAAUCAUUCCAAGAAUACUCUGAUAUCCAAUUUAAGGUCAAACAGUCAGCUCAAUUUUGGUAGAAAUCGAAGCAAGAUUGGAUUAAGUGGACACGUCUCAUCUUCUAUGGAAAUGAGUUCAAGUACUCUAGGAUUCAAGUCAGAGUUUAAACCUAAAUCUUAUCAUAAUGUAACUGGCCCAGGAGACUAUAACAUCCCUAGUCUGACAGGCUAUCAAUCAAUAGUUGCGGGGAGGAGAAACGGACCUAAAUUUUCCUUUGGAUCAAGACCUGAAAAGAUCUAAUUUUUCUCUAAGGAGUAUCUAAGAAAUUUCAUGGGUAAAGAGAGUGAGGAUGCCGGCUACAACAUUAUAUCGACAGAUGUGAUAAAGCAUUCUGAGCCUAAAAUAUCAAUCCCCAAAGAACCAAGAUUUAAGGAACCUACUAUAACCUAAUAUAAAGGCUAAUUACCAGUGUUUUAUCAAUCUCUGCACUUUGAUGAUAAAAAGUAGGAAAGGAAAAAUCAAUAGUAUAAAUCAAUUGGAAUGGGUUACGGCAAGCGAUCAGAUUUUACCAUCCAGCCUUAGCUAGUUGAGAAUCCUGGACCAGCAGACUAUGAACAUACUAAUAAGAUAACAUUUAAGCAUAAUGAAUCAGAGGUUAGUCUAAAUAAAUCAAGGAUGACUAUGAUGGAUGAGUCCCCUUAUAAUAACUAAUCAGCUUCUAAAUUACCAGGAAUAACAAUAAGCAAAGCAAAGAGAGAUACAGAUCAUUAUAGUAAGAACAUGUAUACUUAAAAUAUGGAAUACCGCUUGAUGGGCUAGGACAGUCCAGGACCAGCUGUAUAUAAAUAAGAGGUGAAUAUCUCUUGGAGUCCUGAGAAUCAGUACUUAAGUCGUAACCUUACUUUAAUGCCAAAAAUGUGGGGAGUAGGCAUAAAGGUAUCAAGAUCGGGAGCUCAAUCAGAGAAUAUGAUCCUAUGA